AUGGUGGACCUGUUCCUAAACCGAGUUCUGGUGGAGAACAACUGGGACCAGGAUGAACUCAACACCGAACGAGAGAUAAUCGGGAUCCUCGAAAACCGCAUCUUGAUGCUGUUCUUCGCAUCUGCGAAGUGCGGCAAGUGCCGGGACUUCCUGCCUGUUCUGAAUGACUUUUUCAAAAGACUGAAAGAUCCUGCAUACAUUGAAUACCCCAAACUGCUUACACUCGUCUACGUCAGCUUGGACCAGUCGGAGGCUCAGCAGGAUAGAUUCCUCAAAGAGCUGCACAAAAAGGUUCUGUUUUUGGCCUUUGAUGAUCCAUACAGGAAAGAACUGCAGGCCAAGUUUAAGGUGAAGGACGUACCAACAGUUGUGGUCCUCCGUCCUGACGGCUCCGUCCUCGCUCCAGAUGCUGUGCAGGACAUCUGUCGUUUUGGGUGUGACUGUUUCAGAGACUGGCAGGAAUCAGCAGAGCUCAUUGAGAGGAGCUUCAUGCUCAAUGAGGAGUUCGACAACCUAAAUAUGCGAACUGCCACUGACCCCGUGAGGAGACUCAAGUACAAGACCGUGGACGACAAGAGGAAGAAGCAAUGGUGGAAGUUAUGGGGGAAGGGCAAAAAUAGAAGUGAGGACGAGGAAGAGGAGGAUGUGAAAGAUGCAACGUGGGAUAGUAAGAGAAAGGAGGGAGAUACAGGAACAUGCCGGAGAAGAUGA